CAAAAGUGUAAAAAUGUAGAUCUGGGAGGGGAUCAAAAUCCCUAGCCGCAUCUCCAUUGCAAUCAGGCCUGGCAUCUCCAUCUCCCUCACCCUCCUUCUCCACCUCCGGCCGCCGCCACGGCCAGGCCAGCGUGGUGGUGCGCCCCUCACCAUCACACCAUCACCACCAUCGCCGCCAGCCACGACCAUCUCCACCACGCACCACCAGCACCACUUCCCACGAGCCGCACCUCACACCACCACCAGCACCACGCCAUCUCCAUCUUCGCCGCCGCGCCACCGCUCGCACAAUCUCUUCUUCCCCUGCUGCUCCUUCCUUCUCCUCACCACGCUGCUGCUUCCCCUCUCACGCCCCUGGUACUGCUCCUUCUCACAUUCCUGCUGCUGCUGCUGCUCGUCUUGUGCCCCUGGUGCUGCUCCUCCUUCCCUCGUCCUUGCUGCUGCUCUCUCCCUCUCUGUUGCUCUUCUCUGAAUCCCCUACUGCUGCUACUCCACUUCCUGUGCUCCCCUUCUUCUUCUAUGAAUCUCGCUGCUGCUGCUCCUCCUCUUAAAACGGCUGCUGCUCCCUCUCCCACUUUCCUCGCUGCUGUUCCCUCUCUCUUCUCACCAAAAUUGCUGAUGUCCUCUUCUCCAUUUGCGUGCUGCCACACCCUUCCUGAAGCUCUCUCAACUUUAUUUUGUUCUGUAUUAGUACUAUUUUGUCUGUAUGUCAGUUAGUUUGCUGUAAUAAUUCAGAUUACUUGUGAUCUUUGUGUUGAAUGUGAUUUCAGUGAACUUGAGAUUUGUAAUAUUGCUCAAUAUUCAGUCUAUAAUGUCUAAAACUUUGUGAUUCGGUGGUGUCUAUAUUCAAUAUAUAUAACCUGUGAUAUAUAUCUUUUAGAUGGUUCAAUCUUUUAGUUAUUGUUGUACUGAUAUAUGUUAAGGUGAUUUGGCUUGUGUGAUACGAGUCUAGUACAUGUGCUAUAUAAAUUCGUGUGUGUUUCUGGUGUAAACCAUCUAUAUUGUGUCUUUUAAUCUUGUUUCUUCCUUCUUCUUACAUGUUAGAUGGUUAUGUGUUCAUGUGUUGCAUCUUCUCGGUGUGUAUUUUAAUUCUUCUAGUAUAAUAAAAAUACCAAAAAGACAGUGAAGAAAAUCUGAACCUUCCUUUGCCCUUUUUGCAUUUUCUUUGGUGACGAUCUUUGGGUACAACCUUGUUUAGUGUAGGUUUAUUUUCUUGCAUUCAUAAUCUGAAUUGUGUUACCUAGCUUUAGCCAAGCACGUUCAUUGAUUUGCCUAGUCCCUGAGGAGAACACGACACUCGUAGUUUGGGGCGUAAAAACCCCGCUAUAUUACAACUGAUCAUUUUGGCGCCGUUGCCGGGGACUAGCGUCGUGUGACUGUGUUAGGCUUUAGACUAGGUUUAGCUUGUUUCCUUUUUGUGCUUUAUAUAUUUGUGAUAUAUCUCUAGCCACUAACCCCUAUUCUAGUUAGUAUCUUUUCGUCUUCUUUUCCUUUUUUGCAGGUUGGAUUAUCCUCUCGGCUAUGGCUUACUAUUCAGGCUUAUGCGAGGAACACUACAAACAGCACGGAAAGUGUUCAAGAACUGAUAGGUAAGAUUUCCCAUCGAUUAGAUGAUUUAGCUCGGCAGCGAGAAGGAGUUUUUGAGGAUAGGCCUAGUUCUUACGAUCCUUAUUCCAGAGGCCAUCCUUAUGUUGCUCCUACUUGCCAUAUUUGUGGAUUUCAGGGCCAUUCGCCCGCUGAAUGUCAGCGUGGUUACUCCCAUCCUACGGAUUGUUUUGGCAUGAGCUUCGCUCAACAGCAUAGCUCAUACCAAAACAAUUACUCACAUGGGUGGCCUGAAAGCCUGAAUAUGUCAUAUAGGAGCAACAACCCUAAGAUCUCACAGUUUGGUUCUAGUAAUCAUAUGCAGGGAUUUAGGUACAAUGAGGAGAGCCACAACUAUGCACCACAACAAUUCCAUUCAGCUCCUACUCAUAUACCACAGCACCAGGAGAUGUGUCCAAUGGAGUUAAAUGGUCCUCCAUUUGGUCAACCAACAACUCCAGCACCUGUUGUGCAAUCUCAUGUGCAAGUGCCCACACAAGAUGAGUUCAAUGACAUAGACAAGCUCACACUUUUGAGUCUCGAGUUCACUUGGAGUGCCGAGGAUGAUCCUAUUAGGAAGGUUAUACUAGAUGAAAUGAAGAAGAUCAAGAGUGGAAAAGAGCUAGUGGAAGAAGUAAGGAAGAUUGAGAACAACAUCAACACUGGCAGCACUAUUUCUUCACAGCUAGAGCUGAGUGUUGCCGAGAUUCCCCUUGAUACAUGUGAGGUUCCAACACCGUCACAUCCAGUUGAGCAAGAUAGUAAGAGUCCAGAGGAAGAAAGACCUCAGAUUGAAGAAGAUGAACUAGAAGACAAGGAACAAGAUGAUCAAGAGCUGCAAUUCCCAAGUGAUCAAGUUGAAGACUCAUCAUCUACUACUCCUAAAGAAGUACAAGAAGCUGCUGUAGAUGAAGAUGAAGAACAUGAGAUUCAUUUGCCUAUUGUCAUACCAGAGCGUGAUGUGUCAGGUUUACCCAAUCCUCUUGAUGACAUGAUGCCUUGUAAUUUCUUUGCUACUACCUUGCAUUACAUGAUACCAUCAAUUAAGCUAGACUUGAAAAAUUAUUUGCUUGGACAUGAUCAUACAUACAUUGUUGGUGGCAUUGCUCUCAUUCCUGAUGAUGACACUUAUUUUCCUUAUGCUAGUUCUAUGCUUAAUGAAACAUAUUAUUCCCAUGCUAGUCUUGAGCUUAAUGAUAAAUUUCAUCCUCAUGUUAGUGUCGACCUUGCUGAUUUCUACCAUCCUAAACAUGUGCUUUAUAGUUAUGCUUAUAUAAUUGGAUAUUACAUUGAUGACUUGGAGGGCAUCGACCGUAUCACUUGUAGUUGUUUGUGUGAGUCCUAUUUCAGGCUUUUGCUACUGCACUGUUUACUACAUGCUGACCAGGUUCGAGGUGACAUUCCUUGGGAUCCUGGUGGAGUCAGAGCAUGGCGAUGAGGAGAAGCAAUGGGGCACACAUAUGGAAGAGUGAAGCUGGAGCAUCCAUGAGGAAGCAAGGGAGAAGAGCUGCAGCUGGUGAGGUGAUCGAGCGAGUGCUACAUCAUCAAAGCCCGAAAAGUGCGAUAAGGCACUAUAAUCUUGAAGAUCUUGUCUACAAAGAAAGAGGAUACAAGACCGAGGGCCAAUAGAAGAGAAGGGGGGACUCGAGUAUGAAGAAUUAAAGAAAUGGAGGGCCAAAACUAAAGAAGAAAGGGAUCUACUUGAGGCUAAAGAAGAGAAGAAGGAGGGCAAAAGUGCAAAAAUGCAGAUCUGGGAGGGGAUCAAAAUCCCUAGCCGCAUCUCCAUUGCAAUCAGGCCUGGCAUCUCCAUCUCCCUCACCCUCCUUCUCCACCUCCGGCCGCCGCCACGGCCAGGCCGGCGUGGUGGUGCGCCCCUCACCAUCACACCAUCACCAUCGCCUCUAGCCACGACCAUCUCCACCAUGCACCACCAGCACCACUUCCCACGAGCCGCACCUCACACCACCACCAGCACCACGCCAUCUCCAUCUUCGCCGCCGCGCCACCGCUCGCACAAUCUCUUCUUCCCCUGCUGCUCCUUCCUUCUCCUCACCACGCUGCUGCUUCCCCUCUCACGCCCCUGGUACUGCUCCUUCUCACGUUCCUGCUGCUGCUGCUCGUCUUGUGCCCCUGGUGCUGCUCCUCCUUCCCUCGUCCUUGCUGCUGCUCUCUCCCUCUCUGUUGCUCUUCUCUGAAUCCCCUACUGCUACUACUCCACUUCCUCUGCUCCCCUUCUUCUUCUCUGAAUCUCGCUGCUGCUGCUCCUCCUCUUAAAACUGCUGCUGCUCCCUCUCCCACUUUCCUCGCUGCUGUUCCCUCUCUCUUCUCACCAAAAUUGCUGCUGUCCUCUUCUCCAUUUGCUUGCUGCUACACCCUUCCUGAAGCUCUCUCAACUUUAUUUUGUUCUGUAUUAGUACUGUUUUUGUCUGUAUGCCAGUUAGUUUGCUGUAAUAAUUCAGAUUACUUGUGAUCUUUGUGUUGAAUGCGAUUUCAGUGAACUUGAGAUUUGUAAUAUUGCUCAAUAUUCAGUCUAUAAUGUAUGAAACUUUGUGAUUCGGUGGUGUCUAUAUUCAAUAUAUAUAACCUGUGAUAUA